UGAUAACUUUUAUGAGAGAGUCUUCUUUUUCUUUCUUCUUAUUGAGUGGUGAUGGGUAAACCACCUUACGAGGCAUCCCACCCUUCUACACCCUCUUAUGUGGCACAAUUUGAUUUAAAAUAAUAAAAAUCAAUUCUAUCUCCUGCUGCUUUUCCCCUUCUCUUUCUUCUUCCUCUCUCUUUACCACCACCGCAACUGAACCAAACAUCGGCUAUGUUUCUGGCGAUGAUACCAUUCCUUGUCGCUUCCUCUUCCGCUGCUUUCCUCUUCCGUUUUCGAAGACGCCCUGUUCUCUACCUCAUACGUUUCCGGCGAGGACGCCGACAAAUCUCAUCUACAACUUAUUCUCUAUUUCAUUAUGGUCUCCCUCUUCAUCUCUUCCGUCCUCCUUUCAUCAACCACCCAUUUCGUCGCAUCACCAUCACAAGUGCCACCCUCCCUACCACCACUCACAUUUCAGAUUCGACCUCCCAUCUUUUCCGGUCACCACCAAGACAUUUUAUAGCAUAUUCAAAGGUUUAAGUUUAAAAAAUACAAGAGAUGGAUUCUUUCAAGCUGUUUCAAUCUCACAAUCUCCAGUUUUUGUUCUCUUUUUCUCUGUUAUGUGUUCUGUUUUCUUUACUUCCUUUAUUCUCUCAGUCCUUGAAUCCAUUCCUUAUGCAAUUCUUUAGCUACAUCAUUAAUGAAAAGACUUACAUGUUCAUUCUCUGAUUUUGAUGUUUUGAUGAGUGGUUGAUGAAGAGGGAUUAAACUUUCUCUGAUUUUAGGGAAGAGAGAGGGAGUGAUUGAGAGAAGUUUGAGAGAGAGAAACAGAAAGAAUGGUGUUGUGAAUGAAUCAAAAAAAACAAAAAGAUGGAUAAAUUUACUAAAAUAUCCCUGCCACAUAGGGUGGUAUAAGAGUGGUACAAAAAAGAGUGUGUCUACCAAUAUUUUCCCCUUCUUAUUAGUAAAAAAGAAGAGGGAGAGAGAGAUAUAACAAGAGUGAAAUGGUUAUAAAGAAAUAUGAUUUCUGAAAUUAUAAUAAUUCCUGGACACAUGGCUAGGCAACCUUAUAUCCCUGACUGUUAAUGUUAUUGCUUGCAGUACUGUCCCAAUCUGUCAGAUAUCCAAAUUUAUUUCUCUGCACCUUAUCACGCUCACAUUUAACUGCCGCAUCUUUAUAUUCCUAUUCAUUUUAAACUUUCUCAAAUUUUCAAUUCCAACCUAAUUCUAUGGCCUCACCAACACUUAAACCAGAGAAAAAACUUUCAGAAUUUCUAAAAGACAAACAAGAACCUUUCAUCCUAGAACUUUACUUAUUAGAAAGAUCAAAUUGCUCAAAAAACUGGAGUUCAAAUUCAAUCAAAAAUUUGGAAAAACCUGCAAGUUCUUGCUUCUUCAACAAAAAGAGAAAACCUCUCUUUCCAUUUUUGAAAGUUUUAUUAACAGCUAUACAUGAUACGAAGAAGAAGAAGAAGGUUACAACAACCAAUGACUCCAACAUUACAAACCAACAUGCCAACGUUGCUGUCACUGUCACUCACGAACACGAAGCUAACAACGUUGAUCAAGCACCUAUUGAAACAGAUCGUUUCUCAACUGCUAGCAGCUCCACCUUGUUCAAUUCAUGCUCAGAUAUUGAUGAUGAUGAAGAAGACAGAACCUCGUUUUCGUCAAAUAAACAUUAUAAUCCUCUGUUUUCUUCAGACACUUGCCAAGCUUCCGAUGUCUGCAACAUGAGAAUGCAAAGCCAGCAAGAUGGAAAGCACCAACAAAGAUGUAUAGAAGAAGUCUGUGUGACACAUGAAACAUUGAACAAGAAUGUCUGUGUUUGCGGCGUGGUUGUGCCGAAGAAAUUCACCGAGGAAUCUCUACUAUCAGCUGCUCUAUUUAGUUCACUUAUUCAAACAUCAAAGAGAGACCAUAACUAUACUAAGGAACUGAAAGAGAUUCUUGGGCAUGAUGUUUCUCAUGUGAUGAAAUCUAAAAGGGUGUUGCACAAGACAAAGAGGUUGUUAUUUGAUUGUGUGAGAGAACUUACAAAAAAUCUUCCAGAAAAAGAUUGUAAGCAAUUCAUGGGUGCCGAAAAGUUGGGGAAGAUGUUAUGGGAGAGGACAAAAGAAUGGAGUGAAAGAGGUGGAAAUUAUGAGAGAAAUCUAAGUAACUUGCUGAAUUUGGAUUACUUGGAUUCAAUUAAUGAAUGGAGUGAAUUUAAGACCGAGGUGAAAGAUGUUAGUAUUGAGAUUGCUGAUGCAAUUUUGGAAUGUGUGAUUAGGGAUGAAGUAGUAUCAGAUAUCAUUGAAAUUUUAUCACACAACAAAAUUAAUUUCUGUUGUUGUAAGUAAUAUCUCAUGUCAAUAAGCCAUUGCUUCUUAAAUGA